AUGCAAGACGAAAUUAGUGCACUCAAGGAUCAACUUCAAGCCCUUGACGACAAGAUCAAAGCUAACGAAGAAGCCAAAGCCGCUCAAGGUGCCGAAGAUCUUGCCGGUGUCAACGAUCGUCUCGAUGCUCUCAACAACAAGAUCGACGAUAACAACAACAAAGACAACAAGCAAGACGAGGAUCUCAAGGCACUCGCCGACAAGAUCCAAGAGAUGGAAGACAGAAAGAAGGAGGAAGACGAGCAGCGUGCUGCCAAGAACAAGGCACUUGUCCAGAACUUGAACGACAAGUUCAACGAUCUCGACAACAAGAUCCAAGACGGCGACGACAAGAACGAGAAAGACCUCAAGGCACUCAAGGAGCAACUCGAUGCUCUCAACGAUCGCCAGAACGCCAACGAGGACAAGGACAACAAGCAAGAUGACGAUCUCAACGAGCUCAAGGACAAGUUGAACUCUCUUGACGACAUGAUCAAAGCUAACGAAGAAGCCAAAGCCGCUCAAGGUGCCGAAGAUCUUGCCGGUGUCAACGACGCUCUCAAUGCUCUCAACAACCUCAUCAAGGAGAAGGCCGACGACGAUGCUCUCAAGGCCCUCGAAGACAGGUUGAACAACAACGACAACAAGGACAACAAGCAAGAUGAGGAUCUCAAGGCACUCGCCGACAAGAUCCAAGAGAUGGAAGACAGAAAGAAGGAGGAAGACGAGCAGCGUGCUGCCAAGAACAAGGCACUUGUCCAGAACUUGAACGACAAGUUCAACGAUCUCGACAACAAGAUCCAAGACGGCGACGACAAGAACGAGAAAGACCUCAAGGCACUCAAGGAGCAACUCGAUGCUCUCAACGAUCGCCAGAACGCCAACGAGGACAAGGACAACAAGCAAGAUGACGAUCUCAACGAGCUCAAGGACAAGUUGAACUCUCUUGACGACAUGAUCAAAGCUAACGAAGAAGCCAAAGCCGCUCAAGGUGCCGAAGAUCUUGCCGGUGUCAACGACGCUCUCAAUGCUCUCAACAACCUCAUCAAGGAGAAGGCCGACGACGAUGCUCUCAAGGCCCUCGAAGACAGGUUGAACAACAACGACAACAAGGACAACAAGCAAGAUGAGGAUCUCAAGGCACUCGCCGACAAGAUCCAAGAGAUGGAAGACAGAAAGAAGGAGGAAGACGAGCAGCGUGCUGCCAAGAACAAGGCACUUGUCCAGAACUUGAACGACAAGUUCAACGAUUUCGACAACAAGAUCCAAGACGGCGACGACAAGAACGAGAAAGACCUCAAGGCACUCAAGGAGCAACUCGAUGCUCUCAACGAUCGCCAGAACGCCAACGAGGACAAGGACAACAAGCAAGAUGACGAUCUCAACGAGCUCAAGGACAAGUUGAACUCUCUUGACGACAUGAUCAAAGCUAACGAAGAAGCCAAGGCUACCCAAGGUGCCGAAGAUCUCCAGGGUGUCAACGACGCUCUCAAUGCUCUCAACAACCUCAUCAAGGAGAAGGCCGACGACGAUGCUCUCAAGGCCCUCGAAGACAGGUUGAACCGCAACGACAACAAAGACAACAAGCAAGACGAGGAUCUCAAGGCACUCGCCGACAAGAUCCAAGAGAUGGAAGACAGAAAGAAGGAGGAAGACGAGCAGCGUGCUGCCAAGAACAAGGCACUUGUCCAGAACUUGAACGACAAGUUCAACGAUCUCGACAACAAGAUCCAAGACGGCGACGACAAGAACGAGAAAGACCUCAAGGCACUCAAGGAGCAACUCGAUGCUCUCAACGAUCGCCAGAACGCCAACGAGGACAAGGACAACAAGCAAGAUGACGAUCUCAACGAGCUCAAGGACAAGUUGAACGAGUAUCAAGCCCUUCAAGACAAGCUUAACGAAUUGCAAGACAAGAUCAAUGAAUUGCAAAAUGAGAUGCAUCCAGAAGAAGAGGGUGUUGGUGAAGUCCAAGCACGUGACAUCGACCUUGUCGCUGCCACACCAGAAGAUGAGAAUGCUCCAACACUUUCUGAGUUGAACGAUGCUCUCAAGGAACUUCAAGAGAAGCUCAACGAUCUUGCAGCUAAGGCUGAAGAUAACGAUAACAAGGAUAACAAGCAAGAUGAAGACCUUAAGAACGUUAACGAUGCUCUUCAAGCAUUAGAAGAUAAGGUCAAGGGUCUCCAAGACAAGGAUGCCGCUCAGGACGAGAAGGACAAGAACCUUGAAGACGCCAUCCAAGAACUCAAGGACAAGGAUGCCGCUCAGGACGAGAAGGACAAGGCCAACGAAGAAGCAAUCAAGUCCCUCGCCGACAGACUCCAGGAUCUCAAGGACAAGAUCAGAGACGCCGAGGAAGCCAAGGCUACCCAAGGUGCCGAAGAUCUCCAGGGUGUCAACGACGCUCUCAAUGCUCUCAACAACCUCAUCAAGGAGAAGGCCGACGACGAUGCUCUCAAGGCCCUCGAAGACAGGUUGAACGCCAACGAGGACAAGGACAACAAGCAAGAUGACGACAUCAACGAGCUCACGGACAAGUUGAACUAUCUUGAUGACAAGAUGCAGGUAGUCGAAGCGGCUAAUGCAGAUGCUCUUAAGGCUCUCGAAGACAAGGUCAAGGAGCUUAACGACAAGGCCGACAACACAGACAACCACAACAACAAGAAAGGUGAUUACAUGGAUCUUGCAAAUAUGAUCAAAGACCUUCAAGAUAAGGAAGCUGCUCAAGAUGAGAAAGAUAAGGCCAACGAGGAUGCAAUCAUGUCGCUGACAAACAAAUUCCAGGAUCUAAAGGCAAUUAUAAUCUCUGGAAUUUUCGAAGAAUUAAGUAAGGCUGUCACAUCACUGAACGACAUCGUCAAGGAUAGGGUUGUUAAAAAUAUCAAAAAUUAG